AUGGCUAGGAAGCGGUAUCUUUUGUUUAUGGUGCAGGUGCACUUAAAUUUCCGUCUAGCAGAAUUGGAAUCACUAGCGGAUCUGCAUGGAGUUGAUGUCGACUUUUCGAGUUAUUCUGUCGAUUCACCAUUCAUGAUAGUUACCUUGGAAAAUGAUAAGCAAGCCAGUGAUUGGAUUAGGAGAUCGGUGCUUACAAGAGCCAUUUAUGAGUACUGGGGUGAAGGUAAUACUUAUGAGUCGUUGCACAAGAGUGUCCAAGCUCAUCCCGAGUUUGAACAGUAUAAGAGCGCAAAUGAAAGAAAGAGUUUCAAGUUUGAAUUUGAAAAGUUUGGUGGUAACGCGAAACAGGAUAUUUCUACGAGAGUGACAACCAUUGAAUCUUUCCAGUACCUUGAGUUGAAGGGACCCAUCAAAAUGAAAAAUCCGGAUGAAGUUUUUACGGUUAUUGAAGAAUACAAAGCUAUCAGCGAAAAUAUCGGGGGUGAGGUUCCAGAAAAGAUCUAUUUCGGAAGGUUAAUUCAACUAAGCGAUCGUGCACGGGGUGCACUAGAGAAGUAUGACUUGAAAAAGAGACCUUACAAAGGAACCACAUCAUUUGAAGCUGAAUUAUCACUGGUAAGUGCAAAUAUUGCACAGGUAAAACCAGCACAUAUAAUGUAUGAUCCAUUCGUUGGUACUGGUUCAUUCCUGGUGGCUGGUGGCCAUUAUGGUGCUCUUGUCUUAGGGUCUGAUAUUGAUGGUAGGAUGAUCAGAGGGAAGGGACAACAAACUAUCAAGGCAAAUUUCAAGUAUUAUAAAGAGUCUAUCCAAUUCCUGGACGUCAUGACAAUGGAUUUUACGCAUAAUGCAUUGAGAAAGGACUUUGUCAUUGAUACGAUCCUUUGUGAUCCUCCAUACGGUAUUAGAGAAUCGAUUAAAGUUCUUGGAGCAAAGGAUCCGGAGAGAUUUGCUGGGAAAGAGGAUGUGGAAAUUAACGGUCAAAAAGCUUAUCUACUUAGAGACUAUAUUCCAACUAAAAAACCGUACUCUUUAGAUUCCCUAUUAGACGAUUUGUUGGAUUACGCAAGUCAAAGACUCCCCAUUAAUGGUAGAUUGGCUUUCUGGAUGCCCACUGCCAAUGACGAGAAUGUUGCAACUAUAAUUCCUCUUCAUUCGAAUUUGGAACUGAAGUAUAACUGUGUUCAAGAUUUCAAUAAAUGGUCUAGAAGAUUAUUGGUGUAUAUCAAUAGAGGACACGAAUUUAAUGGACCCAACAAUUCUGGUUUGAGUAGAACUGGUAAUUUCAGAGAUAGAUACUUCAGCGGGUUCAAUUGA